AUGGACUUGGAUGACCUCCUGCCACAAGUUGGAGAAUUCGGACGCUACCAGAAGUUGCUGGUGUGGCUUGUGUGCCUGCCUGCUUGCAUACCAUGUGGAUUUUGUGCCUUUAACCAGCUCUUCAUGGCUGAUGUCCCCGAUCAUUGGUGCUAUGUACCUGAGCUCAUGGACCUGCCCGGGAUAGGACCCCUGGACCGCAGACAACUUGCCAUCCCCUCCGAGGGAGAGUCAAACUCGACAUUCAGCCAGUGUUCACGCUAUGCGGUGAACUGGACAGCACUGCUGCAAACACAUACAUUCAUGGAGAUCACUCCCAACAACAGCUGGCCGACUGAGCCAUGUCGGGCAGGCUGGGAGUACAACACUACUCAAGUUAGAUCUUCUAUUGUUAUUGAUUUCAGUCUUGUUUGUAACCAUGCCAUUUACCCAACAAUAGGAUUGGCUGCUCUCAAUGCUGGAGGACCAAUUGGAGUGUAUCUCUUUGGUGUACUUAAUGACAGGUUUGGGCGCCGCCUGUCUUUCUUCACAUGUUUGGCUGUCCUGAUAACUGGAAACUUGCUGUCAGCAGCUGCUCCAGAUUUUUGGUCAUGGGCGGUGUUCAGGUUCAUUGCCGGUCUCACAGUGCCUGCAAUCUAUCAGAUUCCAUUCAUCAUUUCACUGGAGCUUGUGGGCCCUAGCUAUCGUUCGUUUGUGACAGUCAUGACCUGUCUGUCCUACUCAGUAGGUCUCAUCUUAUUGACUGGAGUGACCUACAUGGUGCAGGACUGGACUGUCCUCACACUUGUUACUUCUGCUCCCUUUCUUCUAUACUUUAUAUACUGGUGGUUCCUUCCAGAAUCUCCGAGAUGGUUGCUUGCUAAGGGCCGCUUUGAAGAAGGCUCACAAAUCCUUGAAACCUUGGCAAGAAUAAAUGGAAAAGAGCUACCAUCAAGCUUCAAACUCAGGCUCAAGCAACACAUGAUGCUGCAGCAUACCCUCAGUGAGGAGACAAGACUGAAGAAAGGCCCUGGCAUGAUGGCCUUGUGUUACACUCCAAACAUGCGUCUCAAAACAGCGCUUAUCACACUCAACUGGUUUUCUAAUGAGAUGGUGUAUGUGGGACUGAGUUACUAUGGGCCUGCACUGGGCAGUGACCAGUAUGUGAGCUUCCUCCUGUCCUCACUUGUGGAGAUCCCAAGCUACCUGUUGUGCUGGGUAGUGAUGGAUCGCUGGGGUCGACGCUGGCCUCUCUGUGUGUGCAUGAUCCUGAGUGGAGUCACCUGCACCAUCACUGUCUUGCUCUCAGAGGAUGCAGUUACUGAGAUACUUGUACUGUUUCUCGCCUCCAAGUUCUUCAUCUCAGCAUCUUUCCUCAUUAUUUACCCUUUUGCUGGGGAACUGUAUCCCACACAACUGAGAGGUAUCGGUAUUGGGAUGUCUGCAUACAUUGCUGGCCUUGGCCUCACAGUGAUACCGUUUGUUACGUAUCUGGGAAGAGACAUUCUGGUGUUGCCAUUGGUGAUUCUGGGUGUGGUGUCAGUUGUGGGCGGCCUGUCAGGUCUGCGCCUGCCUGAAACUCUACAUCAUCACUUGCCACAGACCAUAGAAGAAGGAGAGGAAUUUGGCAAGGAUUGGACAUUCAAUGAAUGUCUGCGUUGCAUUCCUGUCAGACCUUCUUCUGUGGCUGGAUCAUAUGAGGACCUAAGUGAUGACAAAUAUUCAUUGGAGUUGUCACAUCAAAAACCUGCAGAGGGCAAACAGAAAACUCAAGAUGAGGCCAUCCUACUUAGUCAAGCUUCUGCUCAUAGGACACCUAAGCUCGUCCGUCAGUCCAGUACAAUGGAGUCUCCAGUUGAUGUAUCGGGUGCUAUGAAGAUGACAUACUGGUUCUAGAUACUAUUUCAUUACAUGUGUCUAAACUUGAACCUAGAAUAGCUAUCAAGCAGUCAGCACCUUCCUGUCACACUCUGAAGUAACUAGAAGAUCUAGCAAGCACAACAUACAAUUUUGCAUUGCUGACGGUCAUUAUAUCUACAACAGUGUAGUUGGAAACAUGCAUGAAAACCACACAUCAUAACCACUUGAUUGGUUAAAUGCAGUGCAGUAAGGUACAUUCUGACU